GUUACAUCUCAAAAAUUAUGUAAUGUAAUUUUGUUGUAAAUUACAUUCAAAAUUUGAAAAAAAAUGUUCUUAAUUAAUUCACCUAGGAAAUGUAGUCCGUACAAAUUAUUUUUAAAGCAAUGUCGUGCAUAUACGUCUACCAAAGCUGAAUUGUACAAAAAAUGUUAUGAAAUAUUAAAAGUGUCAUCCGAAUGUGAUCAAGAGACCGUACGAGCUGCAUAUAUCGAGAUAGUUAAAGUUGUUCAUCCCGAUAGUGGCCAUCCUUCUGCAAGCGCCGAAAAGUUUACUGAAGUCGACAAUGCCUUUAGAAUUUUGCAAGAAAAGUAUGCAAAAGACAGACGUGGCAUCAAAGAAAAUGCUGAUGUCAAAGAGUGUGAUAUCAAGCAUACUGCACCACAACAUCGACAAUAUUUGAGCUACGAUGGGGUUGGCUAUGGUCCACCGGCCCAACGAGAGAAACAAUAUCAACAAUCUAGAGCUUCUAAAGCAUAUGGCAAGGUGGUUGAAUAUCGAAUCGAUAAAAUGAGCGCAUCAGAUACCGAAAUAAUGAAACCGGGAACGUUUUUCAAAAGUCAUGCCAUCAAAACAAAGUACGGCUUUGACCGUGUGGUCGAGGAUUUGAUUCAGGAAGCAAUGAGCAAAGGAAAAUUUGAUAAAUUGGAAGGAUGCGGCAAACCAUUGUCGCAUGCACAAUCACAAAAUCCCUACGUUGAUUUCACUCAACAUAAAAUUAAUAAAAUUCUACUUGACAAUGGAUUCACACCCGAGUGGAUUACGGUGCAGAAAGAAAUUCGUGAAGAUAUUGAUAAUUUAAUUGAAAUUUUAACUGACCAUCGUUCGUACAUUGGUGAAAUGCCAUUGAGUGAUGCAGAUGCAAGCGAAUGGUCAGCAAUUGUCUGUCGGCUGGAAAAUCGUGAAACCGAUAUUAAUAGAAAGAUCGAUAAAUACAAUUUAAUUGUUCCAAUUUUAGAUCAGCAAAUGUGUCAUAUUCAACUUGGACGAAUUGCCAACAAAAUUAUCAAUUCGAAGCCAAUUAAAAUAAAGAAAGAAAUAUCUAAAGCUAAACAUUCUGUACAAGAAAAUAAAGGUGGAUCGAAAACUUUUCUUGAAUCUCUUUUCUGGUGGUCAUGAAAAAAAAUUGUCUUGUUUUUAAUCAUAUUUUUUAUUCACUGUCAUAGAUGAAAUAAUGUUUGAGUCAUGCGUGAUUCACACAA